AUGGAUGAAAAGGAAGUUCCGAGUUUGGCUGAAAUUCAUAUAGCAGCAAGUCAUCUUCGUUCAAUGUCACUUCCGAUUACACCUAUUUUAACAAGUUCAAUAUUAAAUACAUUAACAGGAAGAAAUAUUUAUUUAAAAUGCGAAAAUUUUCAACGUACGGGUUCAUUUAAAAGUCGUGGUGCACUUAAUGCUGUACUUAAUGCAAUGAAAAUUGAUCCGAAUUUAAAAGGUUUUGUUACACAUUCAUCAGGUAAUCAUGGUCAAGCAUUAUCAUAUGCUGCAUCCAUUGUUAAACGACCAUGUGUUGUUGUUGUACCACGAGGUACGCCUAAAAAUAAAACAGAUGCUAUUGAACAUUAUGGAGCAGAAUUAGUUAUUUGUGAACCAACACCAGCUAGUCGAACAUCGACAUGUUUACAAAUUAGUCAAGAAAGAGACUUCUUGAUUAUUCCACCAUUUGAUCAUCCAGAUGUUAUUGCUGGUCAAGGAACAAUCGCUGUAGAACUUCUUGAGCAAGUGCCUGAUCUUGAUGCAAUAUUAGUACCUGUUAGUGGAGGUGGUCUUAUAAGUGGUAUUGCUCUAUAUGCUAAACGUAUUAAUCCAAAUAUUCGAAUAUUUGCUUGUACACCUGAAGGUAAAAUGCUUGAAGAAUGUUUGAAUAAACAAGAACGUUUAUGGCCUGAACCUCCUCAAUUUCUAAAUACGAAAUGUGAAGCUUGUCGUUUACAACAAUGUGGAUCACUUACAUUUCCAAUAAUGUGUUCAUUAGUUGAAAAACAAGUCUUCACAGUAUCAGAUAAAACAAUGAUUGAUGCUACUCGAUUUGCAUUUGAACGACUUAAAUUAGUUGUUGAAUUAGCAGCUGGUUUAUCACUUGGUGCAAUUAUUUCUCAAUCUGAUCGAUUAGAUUCAAAUAUUCGAAAUAUAGCACUUAUUUUAUGUGGUGGAAAUAUUGAUUUGAAUGAAAAAUUGCCUUGGCAACAAUAA